AUCUGGUUUGUUUUCCUUGUUUCUUCACUCAUAUACGUCAAUCUUUUAGGUUAAAUUUUGUUUGUAUAAUUUUAAAACUGUCCUUUAAAAGGAAAAACCAGAUUGCAAUAAUAAGUCUACUGGAAGAUUGUAGAAUGAAGAAUUGGUGUUAGGGAAUUAUAAAAGCAAUUUAAGUUGUAUGUGCCUUCAGGAAAACACAUUGUUGUUAGAGGACAUUUUCGCUCCAAAUGAAAAAUCAUGCCGGACAGCUCAGACCUGGAUUAUAACCCUAAUAAUAAAAAUGAUAUCGACGAUCGACGUAAGAAGUGCUCAAAACGAAAAAAACGCAAUGCUGGCAGCCGAAACUCCGCUCCAAAACUCACAAUAUAUCAGUGCAGUUUGUGUUCAUAUCGAACCGGUUUGAGAACUAUUCUGAAGCGACACUUUGCUGUGUGCUUCUCGAAGCCAAAAGCACUGCGCCAUCAGUCAAAGGCAGUAAAUAUUGCUAAUGUAAGAGCAACAUUUCGAUGCGAGUUUUGCUGUUUUGCUACAACCACUUCAUUCCUGUUGAUGAAGCAUAAAAGCUCGCAUUUUAGUCGAAUACAAAACGGGCUGGUCGAGUGUAGCCACUGCGAUUUGACUUUCUUUACCAUGGCUGAAUGCAAAAAACACAUGAAUGAACAGUCGGACCUUUAUGAGACGAAGUCAAUCGAGGAGAACAUACCGCUCAUGACAUCAUCAUCUGAUAACGAAAAAUGGUCAUCUUCACAUAUUAUUCACAAUAAUUCCUCUGAACUAAAUGGAAGUUUAUAUUCAUGCUGGUGCGGCAUGUUUCAGAGUGCUAGUCGCUCCCAAUAUCUGCAUCAUUUGAAACGAAUCCAUAGUAUUAAUUUUGACAGUUUUGAGGAAAUAAAUGAAAAUGAUGAAGCGACAGAAGAAACAAAAACUGAAAAUGGUGAAGAGACCGAAGAAUUUGGUUGUCCGAUGCCUGACUGUAGCUUUCAGGCAGACAAUGAAGAUGAUUUGGAACUACAUCUAACACAGCAUCGUGAGUUGAAUGACGAUCAUAUUGAGAUAGGUGUUAUAAGGGAUGAAAGGAAACAGUCUAAAACCCGCAAACCUAAUGAAACAAUUCAAACAACUGACCAACAACAGACGAGUGGUUGGGUUCCCAGUGAUAUGGAAAUGCUAGAAGAUUUACAAAAGCAAGUUAAAUUCAUUGAAGUCUAUGCCGCCAAUGAUGAAGAUGAUUCAGAUCCAACUGAAACCGACGAGGUAAUUGAGAAAAGCGAAAGUUUCGUCUGUGAAUGGUGUGCAUAUGAAACGACUGAUAAUUUGCAUUUAGAUUUUCAUAACCGCUUAAUGCAUAAUUCGAAUAAUGUUUACAUAUGUCCACAAACUGACUGCUUGUUUCAAUCCAAAAAUCAAUCGAGCUUUAAGGUGCACUUGUUGGUGACACACCAAUUCAGCGAUAUUGGGAAAAAUCCAGUAAAUGGAUCUUUGAUAGCGCAUCAGCUCAAUGGAAUUAAAACUGAACAAAGCAAUCCAAUAAAUAUUGAUCCAAAGAUUAGUGAAGAUAUUCAAGCUGUGGAAGAUGAUAUUGCACAAUAUACAAAUAUAGAUACUGAUGAAAGUGAAACAAUUCGGAUAGAAAUCGUUGAAGACCAGGCAGAUAAUACGACUGCAGAGGAUUCCUUGAAAAAUAAUGUAAAAAAACCAUCUUUGCUCAUAAAAUGUCUGAAUAAGGGGUGCGAUUAUUAUUCUAGAUAUGACAGUGAUUCCAUUAGAAAACACAUUAAUAUUUGCUCGAAAAAACCGAAAAGUUUUGAAGAUACACCUAAAAGCGAAUUGUGUGAACAGGAGAAGAAACAUUGCCCAAUAAACAAACAGGAAAGUUCUUCCGAUGCUAUAUUGUCUAAGUCUGAUCAAAAUAUGCUUUUGCAACAGGCCGAUCUAUCGAAACCAGAAAACGUUACAUAUAAAUGUUUAAUGUGCAAUACUGUCAUAUCACAUAGAUAUACAUUAAAAAAUCACGCACACAUUCACGCCAGGGAGGAGAGUCAUUUUGAUCUUAUAGUUGGCUUUUCUCAGUUCAAGGGAGACGUAGAACUGGAUACCAUAAAAAUCAAAUGUGAGAGUAAUUUCAUUCCAAGGGAAAGUUCCAAUGUGCCAAUAUAUCAGAACGCCGGAAAAGCUCUAAAUAUCGGGCCCCCAUUGUUGGGGUACGAUCCAAAUUUGCCGGUUUUCACCUGUACUGAAUGCAAUUUCAAAACGAAUGACACAGAUAUGUUGGAUAAACACAAAAGCCUACACUGGAACGCCGAAAAAGAUGCAGCAUAUGCAGCAAAGCAGUGGUACACAUGUGAAGUAUGUUUCUACUACUGCUUCGAUGCUGUUCGCUUCAAACAACAUGAAGAAAUCCAUAAAAAAAAGUCCAGUUUCCACUAGCACGAAACUAGGAUACAACAGUUGGUGAGUUUGCUACAUCGUUCAGGUAUGCAUUUAAAUUAAAUAAUCCAACUUAGUAAUGCCCUUUUUUGGUCUAAGUUCCGUAUUAGUUUGUGCGUAGACUUAUUCCGCCCCCUUGUUUGUUAACCCAUAAUGUAUUUUGGAAAGAACAUAAACGCGUUUAAUUUACGAUCGCAUUAUCACUGAUGGGAAUAUAUUAAGUAAAAAUAUGUGGGUUUGUUUUCAAAAUCCGCAUUUUUAAUAUUCUACUACUAAUAUUAAAAAAAAACAGCAAUUUCUAUUAUUACGUAUGUGUGUUGUUUUCCCAGCAGAAUAUCCUUAUAAAUACUGGGCUGAAAACUAUUUGCCUUAAUAUUUUCAUUUAUUUAUUUUGUAGUUGAAAACUAUAAAUGAAGAACAUAUGAAGUAAACCGAUGAACUCUAAA